AUGGCCACUUUUCUACACAAAUCCACAGACGUGCACCCGCCGUCAAGUCGUAAUGAUACCACAAGCCCGUACAUCCCAGCUUCGAGGGCAUCGGCCUUGGGCAUCUGGACGCCACUCCGUCGCGCUCAACCGUCCCAGCCGUCGCUUCGACGUGCUAAUACCGUCACACAAUCUGGCAUUACAAAACGACCCGACAGGCCGCUGCCUAAUCGACGCAAUAAAGACCAGUCGCCAACCCUAGGACACACGAGAUCUAGCACAGAAGCCUUGCACCAACGCGCAAUGACCCAUGACGGGAUAGCUGGCCCGAGAGAAGGAAACCAUUUUACCGUUGCAAACGUGGGCAACAAUGGGAAGCUUUAUCUCAGACCCCGAAUAGAAUCACGACACCAUGCCCAACCCGUGAAUUUCUCUCCGCCUUCUCAGCCCCGUUCUAAGCUAGCGCCGGCUAAACCAGCUUUGGCUUCUGAUACUCGACAGAGUAUUUGGUCCUCGUCUCAGUUCUCGGAACUCCAACCCAAAUAUGCUCGUGAAGACGUAGUUGAAACAGAUCCUGGCGCUAACAAUCAUGAGCCCCGUCAGAGAAGGGCUCAUUCGUUUUCGACAAUAUCCGAGUAUGAGCCGUCUGCUCCUACUAAAAACGGCCAGGAACUGCGCAUUGUUAUAGAUCGAUUUGAGAGCAACGACUCCAUCGACACUUCCGCUCCUCCAUCUGCAACUGCAUUGGAGGUCCCAAUUCCACAUUACCGGCUUGGCACACCGCAAUUCAAACCCGAAGGAUCGCCUGUACUGCGAAGCUCUCUCUACACAAACACGUCCAUGUCAGAUAAUGCUCCACUACCGUCAUAUCUAACAGAAAAUGAGGAGCGGAAUCGGAUACACUCAACCUACGACUCACCAGGUCUCGCACCCCCGGCCGCCACCCUCUCAGUAGCCAUGUCGUUAUUUUCCGGCGUAUCUCCGGCACAUGGGAAGGCUAGGUACUCCAGCUCUACUCGGAGGUCAGGCAUUUACAACCUACGUGAUCCUAUUGAACCAGCGGUCUUUGAUUUCCUCACCGAGGACAUGAAUGACCCAUCAGUAGUGAAAUAUAUGGCAGAUGGUCGGGACAUCAGCGCCGCCACACCAGCCCGCAUUGUUGCCGAGAUUUCGUCUGAUUCAUUCAUGGAUUAUGAACUAGUUUCCGACUUCUUUCUGACUUUCCGCCCUUAUCUCUCGUCGACAAAUCUCUUGGCCUUGUUGCUAGCCCGUCUGGAAUGGGCUAUCAAUCGAUUACAGGAAGAUGGGCGAAUUAUUCGCAUUCGGACCUUUGCUGCUUUGCGCCAUUGGAUACUCAACUAUUUUGCGGAUGACUUUGUCAGCAAUCGUGACCUGCGAGUCCAGUUCUGUGAUAAAAUCAAUUCAAUGUUCACAGACGUGACUGCACGGAGGACUGCUGGUAUUAGUGACAUUAAAAUUUUGGUUGACCUCAAACGUUGUUGGCAUGGGAGGUGCUUGCUUUAUUGGGACUGCGAAGCCUUCGGCUUCCCAGAUACUCCGGUCAUACCUGGCGGUGUCUCGGGCAGUCGGGACUUGAGCAAGACGAGGCUCAGCGAGGCGAGCAUCCCGUACCCUGAAGCAGUCAUUGACCCAGACAUGGAUUCUCCGCUACCAGAACCAUCGGUCACAAAAGCCCAAGAAACUACGUCAGAGCGCAUCACCCAGCAGAAAGCACAUGUACGGAAUGCUUCCUCAGGAACUUCUCGUAGUGUUCCAGGCUCUAGCAAUGGCUCUAGCAUUCAAGCACUAUCAUGCUCCUUUCCUCCAAGACGGACCUCGGCUUCACUGGAAUCUGUCAGCUCUCCUCAUCCGAUUGUUGUACCAACACAGUCGACAACCAGUCCCUCGAAUCCCCGUUCCCCUGGUGCUAGUAGCACUCGAAGGACCCCAGUCCAUGCCCACAAACGCAGUGGAAGCUUCUCAGAUUCCAUCCGUGACGACCGUGCUCCCCUGUCUCAGCCCGUUGUUGAAAGCCAAAACCAGACUCUACUGUCCACAUCUCAGAAUGGCAGUCUCAUACGCGGCAAUCUUGUCCCACCAGGCGAAGCAAUUGUCAGAAUGCAAGCCCCUCCUUCCCCAAUAAUACAGCAAAACCCGGACGAAUUGUCCGAGCCACACGCGAGAAGUGCAUCGGAGGGAAAUAUCAAGCCAUUGGGAGCAGCCAGUCCCGGACUCAGAACCGUUAUUGGUUCGAUUCGCCGCGCCUUGCAUUCUCGACCACUUGGCAUCAGUAAUGCUGUUGCCACCGGAUCUGUGAACGUUCGUUUUCCUAGAGGAAAAACUGCUGCACUUCCUGUCAAUGUGGCUUUCAAAUCUGAUUUUUAUAAGGAUCGGAAAGCUUUACCCGUUUCAAAGGAUCCCCCGAAAGCGGACUAUUUCUGUCAGCAGAGUACAAAAGAGUAUCGCGAAGCACUAGGUCUAGAUGCUCCAAAACCGUCGGUUCCAUUUUCAAUCGAGCCCUACAAAACUGAUACUGGCGUUCCCCAAUUGCAAGCCCCGGCCCCACGGUUUCAAAGCCUCGCAAGUGAAGUAACAAUGGGGAGCAAAUCAAUCCUGAUCGUUGAUGAUACUGGUCUUGAUAUGCCGGCAGCAUCAGGAGGCCUUGGUUGGCCGAUCGAGCAAGAUGGGAACGGCCGCAGCAGAGAAACGUCUCUGACGCGGUAUAAUGACUCAACUUCGCAGCCCAGCGAAGUUCCCGUUUCUAGUUUAACGGAAGGUUUCAGCAAUAAUGCCUAUUUUACUAGUCAACCAUUGGACUCGCCUGUCCAGCGCUUUUUAGGCACUCCAUCGGUUCGAAAGACCGACUCAAUUGCUAGCCGCCUUCGAAAGUACGCCUCUUUCCACAGCGGGGUAAGCCGCUCGACUCGGGAUGGUUCAAGUGAAACUGCAGGUUCUGAAGCUGCCGGCGAGAAACCAUUGGCUCGUAUGUUACGGAGACGACCAGGAGGAAAUCUACGGAAGAUCCAAAACGUCCACGACCUGGAACCUCACCUACGUCCUCAAUCCUUUGCGACAGAUACUUCGUUGACCGAAUCGGUUGCAUCUUCGGCUCGCCAUUAUAUUCGAAGAACCUUUGCUCGCUCCUCUCAAAUGCGAGCAUUGUCAACACCGCCGCGUUUUGAUCUAGUCAACACCCAUUCAUCCCAGCACCUACGGCCAUCGUUUGAAGCAGCCAUUGCGGAAUUUUCGCGCAUUCCCGAUGACACCGACGGAGGAAUUGAAUCAACUUUGCUGAAAUUGGAAGGCAAAUGGCCCUUGGCUGGUAGCUCAGGUAAUCGUGCAGGCAAAGGAUACGUUCAACAUCCCAUUAGACACGAAGGCUUUGCCGAACGGAAUGCUGCACAUGUUGCUUUCAGAGAAGUGGAAAAUGGUAGCGAAACUUACCAAACGACGUCUAGAACGGCCCCCGUGGCCGAAGGUCGUCAAAUCUUAACCUCACAAGUUUACACUGACUCAGUCGUGUCGGAAUUUUCCGAUAGCUCUAUUCCUCUCUUAGAAAGGGGACUGAGUGACGAUUCCAUGAAGAAGCAACAUCCAACUUCUCAUCCAUUUGAUGCGCCUCGUCCUUUAAACAUCAGAAAAGACGGCCAGGAUCUAGUAAAACGCGAGUCGUCGCACCGUUCUUUUCAAAUCAUUGAUGACACGGAGAGUUUGCGACAAUUAUCAAGAAACCAAGGAAUACCACAACAGCCUUCUACGGACGAACCUACACGUGAUUAUCACUCGGAUCUUUCUUCUGAAGUUUCCGUUGAUAUUAUUGGUAGAGAUGAGGCCUUGCACGAGUCGAACGGCACAGGGUACUCUCUAUCAAGUGCUUCCCUCGACGUCCCGUCUCAUCCCCUUGCGCAUCCACCAUCUCCUCCAAUGACAAUCCAACAAACGACGUCUAUACCCUCUUAUCCAAAACCGGAGACUCCUGUAGUCUCCCAGGCACCGUUAACGCCUGGCCCGUCUCCAACUCAGAGAGCGGAGCCCGCACCAAUGGCACUUGCUUCCAGUGAGAAGAACAACGCACACCCUGGCCACGCUGUUCCACGUAUUCAAGUCCCGCAAGCAACAAAUCAUAUUCCUUUUGUGUUGGCAUAUAAUUCACAGGUGCUUGCUCAGCAGUUCACCGUGGUAGAAAAGUCAGCGCUAGACGAACUUGACUGGAAAGACCUUGUUGAAAUGAAAUGGAACCAUAAUUCGUCCACAUCAGUCAGUUGGGUCCAGUUUUUAGCGGAGCAGGAACGCAAAGGCAUUGAUCUAGUCGUCGGUCGUUUCAAUCUUAUGGUGAAGUGGAUUCUCUCCGAGAUUGUUCUCACCCAGGAUAUUCAAGACCGGGCCCGAACGAUUUCUAAAUUUAUCCAUGUUGCCGGCCAUGCCAGGCGCAUCUGCAACUAUUCGACUAUGCUACAGAUUGCGAUUGCUCUGUCAUCUGUCGACUGCACAAGGCUUCAGAACACAUGGGCACUAGUGAGCCCGGCAGAUAAGCAACUACUUGAGAGCAUCGAAGCGUUGAUCCAACCAGUCCGCAAUUUCCAUGAACUCCGAGUUGAGAUGGAGACGGCGAACUUACAAGAUGGAUGCAUUCCAUUUGUCGGACUGUAUGUUCAUGACCUCACCUACAACGCUCAGAAGCCAUCCCAGAUCACUGGAACUCCCGAUGGAGACGCGCUUAUCAACUUUGAACGGUAUCGGACUGCUGCUCGCAUUGUCAAAUGCCUCCUUCGAUUGAUUGACGCGAGUGACAAGUACAGCCUGAAACCGGUUCCAGGCCUCGUCGAAAAAUGUCUUUGGGUUUCGUCUCUCUCUGAGGAACAGAUACAAGCUCUGAGUAAGAAUAUUGAGUGA